AUGAGUUUGUUCGGAGCACCACCGAAGCCCGCCGGGCAGACGGGUGGUGGCCUCUUUGGAGGUGGUGGAUUCGGCGGCGCCUUGGGCCAGUCGACACAGCAGCAACAGCAGCAGCAACAGCCUGGCCAGCAACAGGGCGGGCUCAGUCUGUUCGGUCAGCCCCAGAAUCAAGGAAACGCCUUUGGUCAAUCCAUGGCUCAACCACAGCAGCACCAGCACCAGCAACAACAACAACAGCAGCAGCAACAGCAGAUGCCCAACCUGUCACAAUCGCAAGCGCAGCUAUCCAGCUCCCUCUGGCAACCCGGCAGAGAAACACCUCAAAAUCAGAAGCCCAUCCCCGAGCAGAUGGCGCUCAUCUUCGAGAAGUGGAACCCCACGAACCCCAACUGCGCCUUCAAGCACUACUUCUACAACAAGGUCGACGAGGCCUCCGUCCCCUUCUACAAGCCCGGCCCGCACGAGGACCCCAAGGAGUGGGAGGAGGCGCUGCAGAAGAAGCCCGCGCCGGGCUUCAUCCCCGUCCUCUGCACGGGCUUCAACGGCGUCGCGGCGCGCCUGCAGACGCAGAAGAAGGUCGUCGGCGAGCUCAACGUCCGCCUGCACCAGAUCAACGCCAGCCUCGACGCCAUCCUGUCCCGCCACGACCUCGAGACGAGCGUGCGCGCGCUGGCGGCCCGCAGGCGGCACGUCGUGCUGCGCGAGCGGUGCCUGGCGCUCGCCGCGAGGGUGCAGGUGCUGCGGAACCGCGGGUACGCGCUCAGCGGCGACGAGGACGACCUCAGGCUCAAGCUGGCGGAGCUGGAGCGGAGCGUGCAGGACCCGGCGCUCGCUGCGAGGGAGGAGGAGCUCUGGAGCCGGUUGAUCGUGCUGCGGGAUUAUGCGGGCCAGUUGAUGAAGGAGACGAAUAAGCCUGCUUUUGCUAGUGGAGAGGGGCUGAGCGAGGAGACGGAGCACAAGGCGAAGAAGGUCUUGGAGGACUACGAGAAGCAGAUCCAGCACCUCAAAAAGGAGGUCGAGUCGAUCACGAAGGACUUUGAGCAGUGGGAGAAGGAGCGUAAUCCGAGCUCAUGA